AUGUAUUAAAAUUUUAAAAUGUUACUUUUUCGUUAGCACUAGAACUCACACAAGAGAAGAUGGAUUCCCACGACUCUAAGAUUAUCGAGAAAUGCACAGAAUCUUACAACUUAGUACUAGUGUUUUGCUUGAUUUUGUUCACUGUAUGGUACUACAUGCAUUGCAAGAAACAAGUUAUCGUCCGAUGGCCUGUUCUUGGUAUGCUCCCGUGGAUCAUCAUAAACGCACACCGCAUCCAUGAUUGGACCGUCGAUAUCUCGAAAAUCUUUGGUGGCACCGUUAUCGAAAGAGGACCUUUUUUCGGGCGACUGGAGAUUGUAUACACAUGCGACCCUCGUAAUGCUAAGUAUAUACUUGCUACCAAUUACUACAACUUUAACGACAGACAAGACUACAGGGAUGCAUUCGAUAUCUUAGGUGACGGACUCCUCACCGCUACCUCCAAUUUCUGGACGGCACAAAGAAGGGCUGCACGUAUGACGUUUACCUCGAAGAUAGUCCGGAAUAUCAUCUUUCAUAAAGGAACGAAGGUCACUCAACAUGCGCUCCUCCCUCUUUUAUCACAUCUCUCUAAAGAAUCAUCGGGUGUGGAUUUACAAGAUGUGCUUAUGAGUUUUCCUCCAAAUGAGCUUGCAGAAGCCAUGGACAACGCAUCGGAGGCUAUACUCUUUAGGCAUGUACUACCAAUUUCAUGGUGGAAGUUGUCUAGACGUUUGAAGAUCGGUAGCAACGAGAAGAAGUUGGAGGCAGCAGGAAAGAUUAUAGAUCGUAACAUAGCAGAGUACAUUAAAGUUAAAAGAGAAGAAAUGGUGGCUAAAGGAUCAAAAGCAGAUAAAUAUGAAGAAAAUGAUCUGCUAGAAGUAUACAUGAGUAUUAAAGAUGGUGAAAAGGAUGAACUGAUGCUAGCAAAGAUGCUCACUGACAAGUUCUUUAGAGACACUUGCAUUACUUUCCUCAUCGCUGCACGAGAUACAACGGCGUCAACUCUCUCUUGGUUCUUCUGGAUGAUUUUAAAAAACCCAUCUGUAGAGGCAAAGAUACUAGAAGAACUUGAACUUAUCAUAUCAAAGAAGAAUACAAUGGAGAAGAACCCAGUAAUCUUUGAUGCAGAUGACCAAACGGGGAUGGUGUAUCUUCAUGCAGCCCUGUGUGAAUCACUAAGACUGUACCCUGCGGUUCCUCUCCUCCGAAAAACUUCCACAAGUGAUGAUGUAUUUCCAGAUGGAACAGUCAUAUGGCCAGGAAUGACUGUUAUAAUCUCUUGCUACGCCAUGGGAAGGAUGGAAUGGGUAUGGGGGGAAGAUUGUUUAGAAUUCAAGCCGGAGAGAUGGAUCAGUGAAGAUGGGAAGUUAAAUCCUGAAGCAUUGUCUAAGUUGGUGUCAUUCAGCCUAGGUCCAAGAAAUUGUGUUGGGAAAGACAUGGCUUUUGUGUUGAUGAAAUUGGUAGCUUCAGCUGUGAUCUAUAACUACCAUGUUGAAGUGUUAGAGGGUCAGAAUAUUGUGCCGACACCAGCAAUAACUUUGAAAAUGAUGAACGGGUUAAUGGUUAGGGUAAGGGGAAGGGUGUUUCCAUAAUAUUACUAUUGCUAAUUUUAUUUAGCAAGUCAUACGAAACCUAUGCGAGCUGUGUUAUAUGGCUAUGUCUACAUUUUUAAUGAAUUAUUAUGAUCCGUGGAUUCUGGUCC